AUGUCUGUUGCCAGCGCUACAGAGGUGCUCACCAUGCCUCCAGAGCCUCUCGACGAGAUGGCUGCUCUGGCCGCCGCUCUGCCUGAGGGCGAAGAGGCAGCUGCCAUGGCUCGCGAGAAGGGCUGGGUCGAGCCUCAGCGCUACAACUACGACGCCUACAACGCCCUCAACCGUGACGACUAUGCCGAUGCCUUGCCGUGGGCGUCUAACUCCGCCAAGUACGAGUGGAAGGAAGAGUAUGGUGAUAUUGGUCCUCCAAACGAAGAGCUGGAGCAGAUGCUCUUCAAGGACGAGUAUAUUCCUCGCGUUGGGAAGUUGCUUGAGAACAUUCGUUCAAUUCAAGUUACCGCAGAGACAACUGAGCGUCCCGAUCCCAUCAAGAGUUUCGAUGAGGCUGGCUUGCAUCCUAUCAUGUUGAACAACAUCAAGCUUUGCGGAUAUGUUGUCCCAACUCCUGUUCAAGCUUACUGUAUUCCCGCUGUCCUGACCGGCCAUGACUUGAUUGCAGUCGCUCAAACUGGUUCUGGAAAAACCGCUGCCUUUUUGAUCCCCGUUUUGUCUAGAUUGAUGGGCAAGGCAAAGAAACUCGCCGCCCCUCGCCCUGACUUGGGCAACGGUUUCAACGAGAGCUUGGAUGCCGUUCGUGCUGAGCCUCUUGUUCUUAUUGUCGUUCCAACCCGUGAGUUGGCCACCCAGAUCUUUGACGAGGCACGCCGUCUCUGCUACCGCUCCAUGUUGCGUCCAUGCGUUAUCUACGGAGGUGGGCCCAGCCGUGACCAGCGCAUUGAGCUCCAGAAGGGUUGUGACAUCCUGAUUGCCACCCCCGGCCGUCUUAUCGACUUCAUGGAUAAGCCUCAUAUCCUUUCUCUCUGCCGUGUUCGUUACACCAUCAUUGAUGAGGCUGAUGAGCUCCUCAAGUCCGACUGGGAGACCGAGUUUACCAAGAUCCUUGCCGGCGGAGAUAUCAACGAAGAUGCUGACCAUCGUUAUAUGAUGUUUUCUGCCACCUUCAACAAGGGUUGUCGUCAGGUUGCUCGCAAGUUCCUGGCCAGCGACUAUGUUCGAAUCCGCAUCGGCCGUGUUGGAAGCACCCAUUUGAACGUUACCCAGCAGCUUGUCUGGGCCGAGGAAAACAUGAAGAAGAAAUGUCUGUAUGAUCUGUUGAUGGCCAUGCCCCCAUCCCGUACCAUCGUGUUUGUCAACAACAAGACCCAGGCGGAUCUCAUCGACGAUUUCUUAUUCAACAUGGGGCUGCCUAGUACCUCCAUCCAUUCGGACCGUACCCAGCGUGAACGUGAAGAUGCCAUUCGUGCCUUCAAGACUGCAAAGUCUCCUAUUUUGAUUGCCACUGCAAUCUCUGCUCGCGGCCUUGACAUCAAGAAUGUCAUGCACGUCGUCAACUACGAUUUGCCUUCUGUCCAGCACGGUGGCAUCGACGAAUACAUCCAUCGCAUUGGUCGUACUGCACGUAUCGGCAACCCCGGUUUAGCUACCUCGUUCUACAACGACAAGAACUCCGACAUUGCCAGCGAUCUAGUCAAGAUCCUCAUUGAAUCCAAGCAAGUCGUUCCCGACUUUUUGCAGAGCGAAUCUCCACCUGAUGGUGUACUCGACUUCAACGAUGACACCGAUGAGGAAGCUGAUAAUGAUGACAAUGCUGGUGGUGACGAUGGCUGGGGCGCGGCUGCUCUUCCGCCACUUGCCCCCGGCUUCGCUGCGGCUGCUAACGCCAACCCUGAGCCUGAGUCUCAAGGUGGUUGGGGUGGUGAUGCUUCCGCUGCUGACUGGUAA